ACCGGAAGCGCUGUGUGUUCACUUCAAUUAAAUCUGAAGUUUCGUUUUUAUGUCAAGUCUAACUUUACUUCUGUUUAUUCUGGGUUAUGUAACCGGGCUCGGGGCUAACAUUAGCCUGGUGAUAAGUUAUAGUUCAGAAGCCGAAGUAGAGACAUGAGUGUGGGGCUGAAGAGCCGGGGAGCGGACGGAGCCUCCGCUUAGCCGUUAGCCGUUAGCCGUUAGCCCGGACAUGGCCCGGCCUUAGCGCACCUCCGACACUUACUAUGGGGGACGAUUACGAGCUGAACGGGGACAUGAACGCUAACCCCCGGUGCCAGAGCACCGGCGACCCGGUGUUGGACAAGGCCGUGCAUCAGUGGUUGACCUGGGACAAGAACCCUCAGACCCGGGCCCAGGUGGACUCUCUGGUGGCAGCAGGUCGACAUGAUGAGCUGAGGUCCAGACUCUGCAGCCGCAUGAGCUUCGGGACUGCUGGACUGAGAGCCCCGAUGGGCGCUGGGUUCAACCGGAUCAACGACCUGACUGUGAUCCAGUCCACACAGGGUUUGUGUUCUUACCUGUUCAGGUAUUUCACAGACUUCAGCAGCCGAGGAGUCGUCAUCGGUUUUGACACAAGAGGACAAGAAGAGAGUGGCUGUAGCAGCGAACGUCUAGCGAAGCUCUCGGCGGCCGUGAUGCUCAGCAGAGAUGUUCCCGUUCAUCUCCUCUCUACGUUCGUGCCGACGCCUUACGUGCCGUACGCUGUGAAGAAGCUGGGAGCGGCGGCCGGAGUGAUGAUCACCGCCUCGCACAACCCCAAGGAGGACAAUGGAUACAAGGUGUACUGGUGUAACGGCGCUCAGAUUGCUUCGCCUCAUGACAAGGAGAUCCUGAGGUGCAUCGAGGAGCAGCUGGAGCCCUGGAGCGCCUCCUGCUGGGAUGAGGAGCUGGUGCAGCGCUGCUCGCUGAGGACCGACCCUCUGAGCCACAUCAACAGCUGCUACAUGGACGAGCUCACCUCACUCUGCUUCCACAGGGAGUUGAACCGCCGCUGUCCUCUGAAGUUUGUCCACUCGUCCUUCCACGGUGUCGGCCAUGUCUUCGUCCAGCAGGCCUUCCAGAACUUCGGCUUCCCUCCACCCAUCCCCGUCCCCGAGCAGAAAGACCCCGACCCCAACUUCUCAACCGUCCGCUGCCCAAACCCCGAGGAGGGCGAGUCCGUCCUGGAGCUUUCUCUUCUUCUGGCUCAGCGUGAAGAUGCUGGUAUUGUCAUGGCAACGGAUCCAGACGCGGACCGCCUGGCCGUCGCUGAGAAGUCUGAGGGGUGUGGAUGGAAGGUCUUCAGUGGUAACGAGCUGGCGGCUCUGCUCGGUUGGUGGAUGUUCUUCAACUGGAAGGAGGCCCAUCCUGACCCUGCAGACACUCGGUCCGUCUACAUGUUGGCCACCACUGUGUCGUCCAAGAUCCUCCAGGCGUUCGCUCGCAUCGAGGGCUUCAACUUCGAGGAAACGCUGCCGGGGUUUAAGUGGAUCGGGAACAGAAUGCACGAACUCGCCAAAACCGGGAACAGCGUCAUAUUUGCGUUUGAGGAGUCGAUCGGCUUCCUGUGUGGCAGCAUGGUGCCUGAGAAGGACGGGGUGAGCUCUGCCGCUGUCGUGGCUGAGAUGGCGGCGUAUCUGCACAGCAAGAACCUGAGUCUGAACCAGCAGCUCCACAACAUCUACCAGACCUAUGGUUUCCACAUUUCUAAAACAUCGUACGUGGUCUGCAAGGACCCGCCCACCAUCCAGAGGAUCUUCACCCGAAUCAGAAACUUCGACGGCGAAGGUUCGUAUCCAAAGACGUGUGGCGGGAUCAGGAUCGUCCACGUUAGAGACGUCACCACAGGAUACGACAGCAGCCAACCAGACCUGAGAUCGGUUCUGCCCGUGUCUCGCAGCAGUCAAAUGAUCACCUUCACGCUGCAGAACGGCGUCGUCGCCACGUUGAGGACGAGCGGCACCGAACCCAAGAUCAAAUACUACACCGAGUUCUGUGCAGCUCCAGGAGAAAGUGAAGCGUCCAGUCUGGAGGCGGAGCUUCAGAAGGUCACCUUCGCUCUGGUCGACGAGUUCCUAGAGCCCGAGAGGAACAACCUGAUUCGCCGCUCCGUUUAAGCUCCACCUCCUGUGUGUCCUCCUAUUGACCAUCGCUGUGUGUGGGUCAAAGGUCAUCCCGUCGUCCUUCACUCCAGUUUCGACCAAACAUAUUCACCUCCGCACCAACAGCAAAGCCUGAUGGGUAAAUGGCGGCAUCCAACCAAAGACUGAGUGUAAACAGAUGUUCUGUUACGCUUCCAAGAGAAAUGAACCAAAUGUGGAAGAUCAGGAACAACAAAACCGCUGUUACCAUGACGACAGGUCGGCUCAGAUGUGAAAACCGUUUCCAGGCGACAUUAAAGCGUUUGAGCUGGGGUUUAAUUAGAUAGUCUUCAGGUCCAGUAUUGUCCACAGGGGGUCACGUGUUAUUGGACUGACGUACUGAAUGUAAAUGUACGGAUGGAAAAUGGCUCCAGAGCGGAUCAGCACCAGAUCCAGAUCCAGAUCCACGAGCGGACCCACUGCACCAGAAACCAGUUCUGUUGAUUGACAAAGGUACAUUUCACUCCUGUGUCAGAGCUCAGGAUAGGGGGUUACCAUGGUUACCCUGACCCAUCACCCUCAUAUGUCCAUGAGCAGAAGUUGAUGGAAACAUGUGAAAAUGUUCAGUAAGUGUUUCGACCACAGGGUGGCGCUGCAGCUUUGAGGUCUUCAGGUAUGUAUGUGGAGGAAUUGAAGGCGUUCACUGGAGGUCAAAGGUUAAAGUUCAGGGUAAAUGAAGACUACAAACUUUACACAGUAUCUGUAAGAAACUCAUGAAUAUUUCAACUUAUUUUAUUCAUUUCAUUUAAUGUUUUAGAUUCAUUUUUAUUUAGUUUCAUCUUUUAAUUAUUCGUUUUACAGCUAUUUGAUGUUUCUAGUUUCAUGUAAAAGAGAAAUUGUGACAAAUUAGAGGAUUUUCAGGACGAAUAGAGUGAAACCAUCCUUUAUUUAAGAUGAGGAUGAACAUGAUGAUUCUCCAGAACCAGACCAACGUGAUGGAAUAUGAAACUAAAUGAUUGUGUAGGAGGUUUGUCUAGAUCUGAUGUAGUUCUUUAUCCUCAUUUUGCUGUGAAGUCGAUCGUUCCACGUUGGGACUGAGGCAGUUUGAUCAGGUUUUUCUUGUUAUUUUUUCCUUGUUUCUGAAUGCGUUUUGUUGUGACUGAUCUUCCACGGACUCGGUAGAAAGGUGGAAUGUGUUUUUGUUUGCGCCCCUCACACUCCGUCCAUGAUAUUUAUUUUUAUACUUGUAUUUAUGUGAGCGCCCCCUGCUGGAGGCUCAUAGAGCUCCUUGUUUAUUUUCGUACAAAAGCUGAAGCUGCUGCUCGCGUCUCUCUGAAGCUUUUCGUUUUCACCGUGCUCAUCGGAAACAGGAUGGAGUGAGCGCUCUGUCGGUUUUGUGUUCAGCUGUUCGUGUUGGUCUGUGCCAAUAAAGCUCUGAAAAUCCAA